UUGUCAUCUCAUUCUUGCACCUGGCUGCACACUGCGGAUAUUAUUUGCAGCUUUUCCACAAUCUUAGCACACCCACACACACACACCAACAACACGCGCAAACGUGUUGUUGCUGAGGCUAACCUCAUACACUGUCCUGCUACAGUCUUAACCCAAAUCCCGAUUCCAACCCAAAAUCAAGCCAUGACCCCGUAAUCCUCUUAAACAAGUAAGGAAAAGCGAAAUGCCCUCCCUUUGCAUGUGUGUGUGUGUUGUUCAUCCCAUCCUUAGGAGGACCUCAGAGUACCACACACGUGCUCUAACAGGCGUUAGGACCCCGUAUUUCCCUGCGUGCUCAGAGAGUAGAGCCGAAGACGGGCAAACGGAGGACGGACGGGUGGAGGUGAUGGAGAGAUCCGCAUUUGUGGAGUCAGAGAAACGCUGAGAGUGGCAGAAGAAAGUUGACACCGGGUGAGCUGCGCCGCGACCGCGACGAGGCUUCAUGAGGCACCUGCUGGUGCGCGCGAGGGGAGGAGAGCCGGAGCCAAGCGGGAUGCUCCGCAGGGGGGAGGGUCUUUGACGAGGCAUGCACGCCGCCGCCGCCGCGCAGUUGUGACAGGCGCGUCCGCGCGCACCCACGGCCGCAUCUCGACGGUGCGACGAGAUGAGGACAAGUUGGACACCGUGUGACUCAACGGCCUCGUUGCAUCCCUCGCGCGGGCACGCGUAGCACGCAGGCUAUCGGCGCGCGCGCACACACACGCACACCUUCUGCACAUGCCCACGCCGAGCGCGUGCACAUCGACGGAUCAGUGUGGAGCAGCAUUCGGUUGGAACCGGGACGCUGGAUUCCGCCGUCUCUUCGUGGGAGACUCAUUCCGAGGACCGGACCGGACGGGUCAGCGUAACGUGAAGACCUCCUCGUCCUCAUCAUACUGGACAGAGAGCUGCCUGACUCCUCGUCUGUCCCGAAUGAAUCCCUCUUAAGGUGGAUGGGGGAGGGGGGGGGGGGGGGGGGGCAUUAAAAAUACAUGUCCCAAAGGAGUGCUGCCUCGCCAUGCAGCAAACCCGCAGCCAUAAAUCAACACCGGAGGACUUUUGAUUUCUUAAUCAUGGCUUCCUGCAGCAGCAGCAGCAGAGGAACCGACUUGUUGGCGGGCCCGCUGACCCGCCGCCGCCGUGCAUAGGAUUCUAUUUCUGGAGCCACGUUGCUUUUACAGAUUAACUGCCCUCAAAUAUGGCCCCAAUCCGACAGUAGUUAGACUGCUGCCGGAGGUUGUUCAACUCACCCCCCGGAAACAAACACACCGCCGUAUUUUUUGUCCUUUUUCUUCACAAUUGUUUCUUCACUCGCAACAUUGACUUUCACUGAUCUAAUUCAUUCUGAUAACAUGACACCGUGCUUUCGAUAAUUAAGACUUUGUGUUGAUUGCUUGAGACAGUUUCCAUGAGCUGCUGAGGGCGGGUCACACUGAAAACCCCAUUGCCCAGUGUUUUCGUUAGCCUUUCAGGGGCUAAUCAAGGUCCUCCAUCAUCAGAAGUGACAUUCCCAUAUUGUAUGAGCGAGAAAGUGAGCCCACAUUAGCAUAUUCAUGAACGCUGACGCACUCAAUCAUGUGAAAUGAAUGACGCGGGGCAAACCCCGAGCCAUCGAGCCCUGAAACAAAUAGCUUACGACAUGUGAGGAAAAGAGGAUCUCGAAUCCCCUGCACAAAUUCAUAUCACAUAUCACAGCACACGGGAGACGGGCACCGCUGGAACAUAAAGGAUAUUUCAUAAACCUGGCAUGUGUUUUCAGCCUCUGGACCUGUAAUAAGAGAAAAGUUAAAGAAUAGGAUUACGGAUGGAUUAUCACUGAAACACUAAAGCCGCCAAAGCAGCUGCCUUUGCGUAAACCCGCUGAAUCUCUCCAGGGAGUCGCUCCGCGGACCCAUUUGUAGAAUACAUUUGGCUGUGGAUGUGGUGUCCUCUUGUGCGGUUGCCAUUAAAAGAGACGGAUGGAGAACAUAGAUGAGCUGGAGCACCCUCUUCUGGGAGAAAGCCCCCACAACAGCCGGGCAUCGGGGGCGGGCCCGAAGCCCGGGCCUGGACCGGCCCCUGGCGGGAUGUGCAAGGGCAUCCUGGUGAAGUGUGAGGAGGACAGGGCCUACCCUCCCUUAGGCUGGAGGAGCUAUCCUGGACAUCGUCCUGAGCUUCAGCAGCACCAGCCACUGGACCCGUGCUCCUUACCUCGCACGCUGGAGUCCUUUUAUCCGCCGGCUCCCAUCUGGGGCCACGCCGACUCCCUGCUCAGCAAGGACUACCUGGAGACCACAUUUGUGGACAUUCGGCCCGGCUCCACACUGGAGAGGAAGCUGCUGGUCGAGACGCAGGACUUCCACAGCGCGUCCUACAGCUUGGACGAUGAGGACGACCUGCUGCCUGACUCUGACGACUCAUCCAUUGAUGACUUCAGUGAUACAGAAAGUGAGAGCAACUUCCCUCUGAUGAUCCCUCAGGACUACUUGGGUCUGGCCUUCUUCUCUAUGCUCUGCUGCUUCUGGCCCCUGGGCAUCGCUGCCUUCUACCUUUCACAGAAGACUAACAAGGCGUCAGCUGAGGGGGAUUUUCAGGGGGCCAACGCGGCGUCUCGCCAGGCCCUGUGGCUCUCGGUGCUAUCUAUUGUGUUUGGGAUCAUCACGUACAUCUGUGCCAUCGCUGCAUUGAUUUCCUACCUGUCUGGAAAACCGCCAUAAAAGCAAACUAUUACAACACACACACACACACACACACACAGACCUGUCACACAUCUCAUGAAUACCAACACAAAUGUAAAAUAACCAGUGUUUGUUUGUCAACCCAGCUGGAAAAGGAAAGGACAGCUGGUGCAUUGAUCAUAAUCGCCUCUAAUGGGAUUAGGGCAUUAUUUAGCUCAGAGGAUAGUCCUCAUUGAACAUAACUUCCACUAUACAUAUCGAAGAUUCAAUCUGUAAAUGUGAUUCAUGAUGUCUCUCAAGGACCUGAGCUACCUGUCAUCCUUUCAAUUGUUAUGCUGUCGUCAUAUUUGAAACAUUUACUCAAGUAUAAACAAAAAAAAAACGUGGACGAAAAAUGCAGAUGUUACGGCAACACUGUAGAUAUCACUGUCACUGGAAGCAGAAAGUGAGGAGACACGCGGCCCAGGAGGAGCCCAGAGGAGGAAGGGAGAUGGAGGCUGCAGAUUUGUGAGAAGGUCGUAGCAAGGACGAGGCAGCAGCUGAAUCCCGAUGGACCUCGUUAUGCUGUCCUAGGGGGGGUGAAAGCUGGGGACAGCUUUUACAACCUUUUCUUUUUAUAUGUGGAGCCAGAAGCGUUAAUCUUUCAGAGAAGCCAGAGUGUCUUGCUACAGCUUUUGCAGUCCAGAAACACUGCACAUGUUCAUCCUGGUUUCACAUUCUGCGUCACAUUGUUAACCUGCAGAACAGACUGAAUCUGCCUUGUUUGAUGCCAAGUUCAUUGAAUACCUUUAGUAUCAUAUAGUGCCAUAUAAGAAAAAUAAAGAUAACUUUAGGAGUUUUCGAAUGAAAAUCAGAGUGUUGAUGUGAAACACUGUCUCCCGAAAAUAAAGGAACUGCUUCUGUUUACAGUGUUAGGAAAGAAUGACAUAGACGGGAGGUGCAGACAUGAAAGGGAAAGUGCCAAAAAUAUGGAAGAUACUCCAAGGAUGAUCCUUUUAUGAACUGUUCCAUGAAAAAGAAGCAACCAGGCUGCUGCUCCACGCUCUCCAGAUAUAGAUUGUGCCACUUUCUCUUUUGAAAAGACAACUGAAAUCCUUCAGAAAGUUCACUUCUUGCCCUAAUAUGACAAACUUGAAAAUGAAGUUGCAGCGUACACUUAUGCAAACAUAACGCUCUGUUCGGAUGAGCAAGGGGUAAAAAACAAAAUAAAAAUAAAAAAAAAGGUUGGCUGGCGAGCCAUGUGAUGCAUGAGUCAGUAAAACCUCCAGUUUGGUCACGACAGAAACCUGCAUGGCCAGUUUGUGGUUUGCCAUGUACGAACCGGCCCCGAGCUCCGAUCCCUUCCUUCACCUGGUCCUGAACUAUUGCAAAGAAACCAGCUUCGCUAAAACUCAAAACACCCUGGCCAUAUUGGUUUGAGCUUAAGUGUGCCAUCAAGGAAGCAACAAUGGAGCUCAAAGUAAAUGAUUUAAAAACAUUGAAAAAAUAAUGUGUAUAGUCAACCUUGACGUUUUCUAUUUAGAUGUAUAGUUUUUAUAGUCUCCCGAUGAAGCGUAAAUACUUUUGGUUUUUCUGCAAACCCAGUGUUGUAUCAAGACUGAGCUGAUAAUUAAAAUGGUCACUGUAGACGAUAUAUGCGCGUGUGCACACACCCCCCCCGUGAUGUGCUGCGAGGAUGCCCCACUGACCCGAGGCUUCACAGUGUCGUACAGUCCUGACAAAAAAAUACUUUGUUGUUACAGCCGAGUUAUCCCAAUUAUUGAUUUAUACGUGAGCAUUUAUUUUGGAUUGCCUCGACGGGUCUCGCUGUCAACGGGACAGGCUCCAGUCAGAUUUGUCUGACAUUGUACAAAACAAGGUCAACAGUUAUGGCAAACAAAAUAGUACAAGUUAUAUUUAUUUUACAUUGUUUUAUUACAUGUAAAUAUCAAACAGAAUAAUCCAUGAAUCCCAAUAAAUGCACUUGUUUAACACUAA